GUCCCGACGACCUCGGCGGGGGCGCCUCUGGCGAGCCGUCGCGACCUUCCGCGCCUGCGCCCAAGCCGGCCCCGAAGGAAGAGCCACCACCGCCAGAGGACAACCGGACCCCCGAGCAGAAGGAGGCGGACGAGUUCAAAGCCAAGGGCAACGAGACAUACAAGAAGAAACAGUUCGAGGAGGCCCUUGGCUGGUACGACAAGGCCAUUGAAAAGGAGCCCAACGACCUCGUGUACUACAACAACAAGUGCGCGGUCUGGAUCGAGAUGGGGGAGCAGUACUACGAUAAGGUCCUGGAGACGUGCAAGGACCUUAUCGCGAGGCGAUACGAGAUCAACAGCGCGAACCCGGGCGGCGCGUCGUUCGAGAAGGUGGCCAAGGUCCUCAACCGGCUGGCCUCGGUGCACGAGAAGCGGAAAGAGUUCGAUCAGGCCAUCGAGUAUUACAACAAGGCCCUCACCGAAGACAACAACAGGCAGACGCGGAACGCGCUCCGGGAACUCGAGAGGGCCAAAGAGAAGUUCGAAAAG